AUGCUUGGUACCCUUGGAAUAAUCUCUGCUUUAUCUAUCUGGGAGCUCACAAAAUUUGCUAUGAGUACUCCGAUGAUUUCAACCUCGCUCCCUGGUCUUGACUUCAAGUUUUGUCAAGUGGCGGCUAUUCCAGAUGGAAAGUCUUGGAUUUACUGGGGACAGCUGCUGCUUUUUGAGACACUCCUGUUUUCUAUGAUUGAUGGAAAUAUUGAUCAGGGACUCAAUGUUGUUCUAUCUUGCGAUCUUCGUGGUCUAUUUAGCUUGUUUGAUCAUGGCGCCAAUCCGGAGUUCCCGACUGGUUUUGCCACCGCAGUCUCUGGAAUAAUGACCCAACGGCUCGUACUCAACCUCCGCUCCAACUACUCGCGGACUUGCGAAUUUGGAACACAGCAUAGUUUUCGAAUGUCAACUUGGCGUGCAGCAGACGACUCGUUACAUGACUUAGAUCAUACCCAGGACAUUCAAUUUUCUCCGCCGGAAUGUGAUAGCGAAGCCUCGUCUGAGGGGUUGUUCGUCGACGAUAGCAAGAAUGGGCCGGUUUCUAGAGUACCUUAG